UUCAUUCCAUAUCAGUUCAUACUGAUAUGAGUUGAUUCAUUCAUCCCUUCUUCCCAAGUUUCUCAUCAUCCAUAAUCUCAACCAUUUUGGUAAAAGCACUGGGAAUGCAUAAUUAUUAAUAUCGAAGCCUGAGGCCUUUUAGAUUCGAUUGGAUAUUGAUUGUACCAUGCUGGAGCCAGUUCCUAACUGAGCCUAAGAUCCCAUGGUUAAAUUUUCAACUUGAGCAUUUACAUCUCCGAAGUUGGCAGACGUUACAAAUUAGGACCUGGAUUAUUAUUUCAUUAUUGUCUAGACUUAGGAAAAUGAUGGAAAAAAUGUUAAUAAGGCAGAUUAAAUUUUAGUGUCCUGCCUUCAUUCACCACCACCACCCGAGACGAUUGUUAAAUAUUUACUAGCACACCAUACUAGGGUACCGCUACCUUCAGUUACAUGAAGAACCUUCGUAUCUAUCCUUGGAAGUCACUGGUCUAGUGAUUUUCCAGUCGGGUGCUAGCUUUUAGUUUGUACCUGGGAAUGCUAGGAUUUCCCAGGCCUUCUCAAUUCACUCGCCCAGCGGCUUUCCACAGAUCACCCGACCCUUGUUGAUUGGUGUAAAAGAAAAGCUACAGAUGUUACGGAAGAAAAGGGGCGUGCUUUGUCCCUAGACCUCACCCUCCUUAGGGACUAGACAACUCAACUAUGCGGAACCAGACUUCCUUUUUAGGAGCUGGUUGGGUCAGCUCCCUGCUCAACUAUAGUGGAUUCCCGCUCUGUUGUGGUGGUGGUGGCGGGGUGGGGGUUGAGGAGUGCAAAGUGUAAGUAGUGCAGGGCCACUGCCUCAGGUGUGCACCUGCCUAGAACGCAUUAUUGGGGGGUGGGGGACGAAUUGCUGGAGCUGCCUUCCCUUUCCCCUUUUCCGCUUUCCCUUUUACCCCUGUUCCCUGCCCCCCCCCUACCCUGUAAACCGCGUGGGGCGCUUGCACCAUCGGCUCGUGCGCGUUUGCAUCACAGCCUUCUGAGCUGUGCGUCCACCUUCCGCGCCACCUCCUUGUUGUUCUUGGGAUGGCCAGCCGAGUCGAGCCCCCCGAUGGGGGCUGGGGGUGGAUUGUGGUCCUUUCAGCCUUUUUCCAGUCCGCGCUGGUGUUUGGGGUGCUGCGAUCUUUCGGCGUCUUCUUCUUGGAGUUCGUAGAAGUGUUCAAAGAGCCGGCGGCGCGGGUCUCUUGGAUCACCUCCAUUGGGAUCGCCGUGCAGCAGUUUGGGAGCCCUGUGGGCAGUGCCCUGAGUACACAGUUUGGCCCUCGACCUGUGGUGAUCACAGGGGGCAUCUUGGCUGCUUUGGGUAUGAUGUUGGCUUCAUUUGCGACCUCCUUGAUGCACCUCUACCUUAGCAUCGGCCUCGUAUCUGGCACCGGCUGGGCCCUGUCCUUCACCCCUACCGUGGCCUGCCUCUCCAGAUACUUCUCCAAACGUCGUUCACUGGCCACAGGAUUAGCAUUGACUGGCGUAGGCCUCUCUUCCUUUGUGUUUGCCCCAUUCUUCCAGUGGCUUAUCACCUAUUAUGCAUGGCGAGGUGCCCUUCUGUUAGUAGCUGCUCUCUCCUUACACCUCGUGGCCUGUGGGGCGCUCCUUCGCCCUCUCAGACUGGCAGAAGAUCCUGUUGUUGGAAGCCCAAUGGCUCAGUUGCUCUCCCUGUUCCACCACCGCCCCUUUCUAUGUUAUUGUGUUGCCCUCACCCUGAUCAAUGCUGGCUACUUUGUUCCCUAUGUCCACCUUGUGGCACAUACCCAGGACUUGGGAUGGGAUCCACUGCCUGCUGCCUUUCUUCUGUCUUUGGUGGCUGUGGCAGACCUGGCAGGGCGUGUGUUCUCAGGGUGGCUGGGGGAUGUAUGCCCAGGGCCUGUGGCCCGGCUGCUGGCACUAUGGUCUUUUCUGACAGGGAUGACAUUGGCCCUGCUCCCUGUGGCACAGCAAUCCUUGGUCCUCACAGUGCUGGCUCUAGCCUAUGGCUUCUCUUCAGGUGCCCUGACCCCUGUGGCUUUCUCAGUUCUGCCUGAACUUGUUGGAGUUGGAAGGGUAUACUUCGGCCUAGGGCUGUUACAAAUGGUAGAGAGCAUUGGGGGACUGUUGGGGGCACCAUUGUCAGGCUACCUCCGAGAUUUGACAGGCAGCUACACAGUUUCCUUUGUGGUGACUGGAGCCUUCCUUCUCAGUGGGAGCAUGAUGCUCUUUAUCCUUCCUGGCUUCUUCAGCUGCUUCAGACCUUCUGCUACAGAACAAUAUUCUGUGACAAAGUCAUUGGAAGUCAGAGUCUCCCCUAGAAAGGCUGAGUGUGGAGAAGGAAGCCCAGGGGCCCAAGACCCUUAACUUAGACAAGGUUCCAGCAACUCCUCGCCUUCAUCUCCCCUGAGAACCUUAGCUAUUUAUAUCUACCUCUCUAUGCCUGCUUAGGAGCAGAUGAUGGUUAGGUCUCACCCAAUAUGUUGUGUUUUCUUAAGCCUUCUUUUGUGGCUUUGUUGUAACUCUUCCCUCCUUCCCCUUUACCCUCUUGUUGUCUCCAAGGCUGUAAAGACCACAUGAGUUCAA